GGAAACUUGAAGCUGGAGAAAAGUUUGUACAGAGCCUAGAAGGGCUAGAGCGGAGCUGGGAACCCGGCAGCCGAGAGGAAGAUGAACGGCCCCAGGACAGAGCCUCAGGCCGAGUGGACCCCAAAUCUCCUCCAGGGCGCUAGAAGCGGCCUCAGCUGCAGCCGCCAGCCCCGGUAGCCGCCUGCGCUUCCCUGGGCUGGGAAGGAGGCGGCCCGAGUCGGGGACAGGAGGCUCGGUGACACCUGCGCGAGAGGCCGCACACCUGAGCGCUGUCCGUCCGCGGACGAGACCUGAGAGCUCCGCAAAGCUUGGAUCAUCCUGGAAGAAACGAGAAAAAGAGAGAGAGAGAAACAAUCCAAGGUCGGGCUUCAGUGACCCAUCCUGCUGCCUCUGGUUCUCCAAGUUUUUGAAAGCUGACCACUUGGACCCCGGAAAUUUGGCAGCCACCAAGAGCAGGCUCUGAGAAGGCAAAGGCUGGGCAAGCUUCACAUUGAGCGGGGCACGGCUGAGGGCAGGUUGAAGGCGUGUCCAGGACAUCUGAGGCUUGACCCUGGGGGCUUGCUCAGCUGCCAUCUCCGCGGCCACUACAGACCCAGCCUCGCGCUCCAGGGCGGUGUACCGCCAGACACCACCAUGGCCACCCCUGGGGCCAAUGCAUCCGCCCUGGCCUCUGACCGACCGAACGGCCCGGUGACCAUCCCGGCGGUGAUGUUCAUCUUCGGGGUGGUGGGCAACCUGAUAGCCAUCGUGGUGCUGUGCAAGUCGCGCAAGGAGCAGAAGGAGACGACUUUCUACACAUUGGUGUGCGGGCUGGCUGUCACCGACCUGCUGGGCACGUUGCUGGUGAGCCCGGUGACCAUCGCUACGUACAUGAAGGGCCACUGGCCCGGGGGCCCGGCGCUGUGCGAGUACAGCACCUUCAUCCUGCUUUUCUUUGGCCUGUCCGGGCUCAGCAUCAUCUGCGCCAUGAGUAUCGAGCGCUACCUGGCCAUCAACCACGCCUACUUCUACAGCCACUACGUGGACAAGCGGCUGGCGGGCCUCACUCUCUUCGCGGUCUACGCGUCUAAUGUGCUCUUCUGCGCGCUGCCCAACAUGGGCCUCGGCAGCUCGCGGCUGCAGUACCCGGACACCUGGUGCUUCAUCGACUGGACCACCAACGUGACGGCGCACGCCGCCUUCUCCUACAUGUACGCGGGCUUCAGUUCCUUCCUCAUCCUGGCCACCGUGCUCUGCAACGUGCUGGUGUGCGGAGCGCUUCUUCGUAUGCACCGCCAGUUCAUGAGACGCACCUCGCUGGGCACUGAGCAGCACCACGCGGCUGCUGCCGCAGUCGCCGUGGCCCCCGCAACUUGCCGGGGGCCCCCGUCCGCCGCCUCCCCCGCCCUGCCGCGCCUCAGCGACUUUCGCCGCCGCCGGAGCUUCCGCCGCAUCGCGGGUGCCGAAAUCCAGAUGGUCAUCUUACUCAUCGCCACCUCCCUGGUGGUGCUCAUCUGCUCCAUCCCGCUUGUGGUGCGGGUGUUCGUCAACCAGUUAUAUCAGCCAAGUUCGGAGCGAGUCAUCAGCAAAAACCCAGAUUUGCAGGCCAUCCGAAUUGCUGCUGUGAACCCCAUCCUGGACCCCUGGAUAUACAUCCUCCUGCAGAAGACGGUCCUCAGUAAAGCGAUCGAGAAGAUCAAGUGCCUCUUCUGCCGCAUUGGCGGGUCACGCAGAGAGCAUCCGGGACAGCACUGCUCAGACAGCAGAAGGACAUCCUCAGCCAUGUCUGGCCACUCGCGCUCCUUCCUCUCACGGGAGCUGAAGGAGGUCAGCAGCACGUCUCAGACCCUCCUCUACAUGCCAGACCUCAGUGAAAAUGGCCUUGGAGGCAGGAAUUUGCUUCCGGGUGUGCCUGGCAUGGGCCUGACCCAGACAGACAGCACAUCGCUCAGGACUCUGCGGGUAUCAGAGACUUCGGACUCCUCCCAAGGGCAGGACUCGGAGAGUGUCUUGCUAGUGGACGAGGUUGCUGGGAGUUGCAGGGCUGUGCCUGCCCCAAAGGGGAGCACCCUGCAAGUCCCCUUUCCCAAUGAAACACUGAACUUAACAGAAAAAUGUAUAUAGUAGCUAAGGAAAGAAAUACAGUACUAUUUCUGGAAGCUUCUAACAUCCUGUGCAUUAGACACAUAAAUGAAGUGUUUCGCCAUACUCAGAAGGGCUCUUUUCAUCCUGCAACGCACAUUAGAGAGCAUCCCGGCUUUUGAGCACUUUUCAGACAAUCCAGUUGAUUCCUGUGGGUCUCAAGGUCUGAAGCACAUCAGUUGCCACCUCACUAUGACACAGGAUUUCGGUCACAACUUGAUAGUGGGGAGAUCGACCCUCAGUUUUUCUACUUGAUGGGAGGAUGGCAUAAGUUCUGCUGUUUCAUAACAUCAGGAGCUUUAUAUCUGGCACACAGUAGAAGGCCAGGUACAGAAAGGCUCUAUUCCAAUAAACUGUAAGGAGUAUCUUGUGGAUGAUUUAAGUGUCUCACUAAAGCAUGAAAUGUGAAUUUUAUUGUUGUAAAUAUGGUUUAAAGUAUUUAAAAUAUUUUCUUCUCUGUGAGAAGGUUUGUUGUUAAUACAAGGUAUAAUGAAAUUAUGGUAACCCCUCUCCCCCUAGUAUACCAGCUGAAGUUGCAGAUGUUAGAUAUUUUUCAUAACCAAGUUCAGGCCAUGGUGUUGAAAAUUCAUAGUGAAAGUCAUAUCUAUUAAAAAGAUACAAAUUUUUAAAAGAAAGAGUUUGGCACUAUUAAAGGAAUAAAGCAAAAUACUAUUUAAGACAUGAACAUUACAGACCAAAAUAUUGAAGGUAUUUCCCAAGCUAUGUAUAAUACAUAGCGAAAAACUUUUAGUGAUGCUGCAUGUAUUUAUCCAGAAAACUGUGAUUUCAGGAGAACCUAACAUGCUGGUAAAUAUUUUGUACCUUUGUCCCCACUAGUUGAUACUUUUUAAAAUGUAACAUAAAUUUUAAAAAGUCUUUAAUAAGUAACCCAUAACUGAAGUGUAUAAUAUAAAAAUUAAAAGUCUAAAUAUGCAGCUUGUUCUCCCCCUAAAAGUGUGCAUAAUUUUACUUUCCUAAGGGAUGAUCUAGAAUAUUCUUUAAAAUUUAAGAAAAAGGCAGAUUGCACCAUGAAGGGCUUCACUUGGGGACGUGGAAGGAUUGAUUAAAUCAGCUUUUCAUAGAUAUCAUAAAAGUUUAACAACAGAAGGGGUGCAGAAUUUGGGCUUAUGAAGGUCACUUUCUAAAGAUUUUGUGUGCCAGCCGAUAAUGUUGUACACAUAUUUGAAAGACCUUUCUCAAAGAAAUAUUAAGCAUGUUUUGUUGCUUAAAGUGUUUUUGUGAAUUGCUCAGUUGUAAUUAAAUUCUGAGCCUAGUAGUGAUGUGGUUUUAAGAAGCAGUUGUACCAACUGAAAUUAUUUUGGAGAUUAUAAUAAAUAAAUACACUCAAUCUGAGUUCCAUAUCAUCAGUUUUUGGAAAACUUGUGUGAUUUUUAUUUUGUUUCAGGUCAUCCUCUAUAUCUUUUUAAAUUGAAAUAUUUAAAAUUUUUUAUUUUAAAAUGAUGUCAGAGGUAGAGAAAAGUUGCAGUAAUAGUACAAAGCCUUGGACCCACUUACUAAGGUGUGGUAUUUAGAAAUCAAGAACUGGGAGUGAAGUGUACUCCAAAUUACCAGUUUGUAUGAAUGGAAGGGGAGAGAAUAUUAUGCCCAACUUGCUAUAGGUAGAGAAUCCAAAUAUUUAUCAUUUUAAAAUUAGCAUACACUUAUGGCCCUUCCUACUUGUAAAUUCUCUAGAUCAGUACUUUUCAAAGUUUAGCAGAAGUCAUCAGAGUCAUCUGAAAAGUUUGUGAAAACACAAAGCUUCUGAUUCAGUAGGUUUGGUGUAUAUCUGGGUGAAGCUGAGGCUGCCAGUAUGAGGACAUACUUUGAGUUAUCAACAGUCCCCAGAAGUGAGGUCAUGACGUUCUAUUUGCAGGUUUGUUUUUUUGAUUGUUUGUUUUGUUUUUUAAUGGCUGCACCCACGGCCUACAGAAGUUCUCAGGCCAGGGCCUAAAUCCAAGUACCAGCUGCAACCUAGACCACAGCUGUGGCAAUGCUGGAUCCUUUUACCCACUAUGCUGGGUUGGGAAGUGAACCCACACCUCUGUAGCAACCUGAGCCUAACUCUUAAUCUACUGUACCACAGCGGGAAUUCCACAUUUGCAGGGGUUUUUUUAAAGAUUUUUUUUUUUUUUUUUUGGGGGGAUGAUGUCAGAAAAACAAGACUGUCAAAAUCACGCCUGGUAAUUUUCCGCUGAGGUAGGGAUAGCUCAGAAAAGACCAUCUGGCUCAAACCUCUAAAAUGUUCUAUUUCACCAUGCUAACCAAUGACUCAGAAACAACGUUUUCAGAAAAUAUUUUACUCGUGUAAGAUGAUUCUGUUUUUCUUCCAAGUAUAUGGGCAAUGAGACAACAUCUAGAUUUAUAUAUAUUCAUCACUUGUGUUCAUGGGGAAAGAAACAAAGCCUCAUUCAGAAGCUAAGUCUUUUUUUAAAAAAAUAAAAUUCACGUCUAAUCAAA